ACAUUUUCUUCUAUGAUGCCAAACCCAAUUGUGUGUUUUGUAUUUGUCAGUUUUUAAGAGGAUAAGAUCCCAUCAUGGUGUUCUUCUUCGUUCCUUUCUGAGGAAAACCCACCAUGGGUUUGGUUUAGUUUAGGUACUUCUGCUCCACCGCCGAGCCGGAAAGUUCAGAAACUAGUCCUCCGCCGGUCCGCUGUGGUCGUCCCAUGGUGCUCCGGGACGACUAUUUGAUGCCCUCUGUAGGAAGAUAAAAGUUUAAACCAGAGCCCAUUUCUCUCUCUCUCUCUCUCUCUCUCUCUGUCGCUUUAGAAAAUGUUAGACCCCAUGUGGUCAUGUCCUGUUUUCAUUAUCUCAGAGACCAUCUUUCGGACCAAACCAAAUUCUACUUCGUUUCAAUCCCUCACACUUUCUUCUUCUUGUUCUUGAUCUUUACGCUUUCCUUUGGCGAGGUUGCUUUAGAAUUAUUUUUGGUUGUAGAAAGACAUCAAAUCCUAUCCCCUUUUCAGUCAAAUCCGCUUUCGAAUGCUUUCUUUUUAACAACCUUCGUGCUCCCGACCAAUCUAUAUCUUCUUCCUCUCGACUUUGUAUGCGCAACCCAUUUCUUCCCCGAUCAUAAAAAACAAAACCCAUCAAGGAAACUUCAAAAUAUGGUCUCUCUGAUGGUUGUAGUUUCAUCAAUCCUUAUGAUCUUAUCGACUCUGUUCCAAGUUUCUGUUGCUGGCGUAACAGGGGAAUCCUCUGUUCCGGCCAUCCCAGUAGAAGCUGAAACUCAAGUCUGUCGGCUGGACCUAUCCGACGAGCUAUUCGGGGGAGUGAGCCAAGCCUGCAAUGGGAACCUAGACCGGAGCCGGUGCUGUCCAGUGCUAGCGGCAUGGCUCUUUGCAGCUCAUGCCAGGUCGGCGUUAGAAGUGUCGGCUCCAGCGCCAACAGCCGAAAUAGAUCUGCCAUUGAUGCCAGACGAUUCCCAGAAAUGCGUGGAGUCAUUACAAAACUCGUUGGUGAAGCGAAACAUCAGAAUUCCGCAGCCCAAUUCCAGCUGCGACGCUGUAUUGUGCUUCUGUGGAAUUCGUCUCCACCAGAUAAGUUCCUUGUCUUGUCCAGCAGCAUUCAAUCUCUCCGGCUUCCACAACGCCACCCCAACGUCGGCAGUGCGUGAUCUGGAGAAGAAUUGCCGCAACGCAUCCUACUCCGGUUGCACCAAAUGCCUCGGCGCACUCCAAAAGGUGAAGGGAGCUAGAGACACCAGCACCACCGAAAGAGCAACCAAAAUGUUCAACAGAGACUGCCAACUGAUGGGGCUAACAUGGCUGCUCGCUCGCAACAAAACGGCGUACAUUCCAACAGUUUCAGCGGUUCUAAGAGCCAUAAUGUACAGUGCCCACCCGCCUCACGAUUCAAAGUGCAGCCCAGAUCAAGAAAACAUGCCACUGGCCGUUGAUUCCCUUCAAUUUGAGAACACACAGUCCUCCACUUCAUCACCCUCGACCUUCAUGUAUCCAUUCUUGCCCUUAACAGCAGUGCCCUUCAUCUGGUUCUUGACACAUCCGUAAUAUGAGGUUCCGUUGGGCCGUAGUUUCUUGGAUUAUUUUGGAGGGAAAGACCAUGUCGUGUCUGUCACAUGAAAGCUGUUGAUUUUGUGUCUUUUUUCUUAACCCUACAGUAAAAUUGGGUUUGGUGGGACAGAUC